AUGGCCGAAGAAGCAUCUAAUUCAAAUGAUUAUCCAAUACAAAUAUCUGAAAAUAGUCAACCCUCAAAUUUCGAUGAAUUUCGAGAAAUGGUCGAUGCUGCACUUAAUUUAGAUGCAACAAAUGACACACGUAAUGAUGAAACGCUUGGUGAAGAGCAACAGAUCAAUCAGGCGUUAUUAUCGUCAUUAGCUUUAUGCAAUGAUAAUGAGCAAAUUACGUCACUUAGUACAAAUACAACUGUUUCAGUCGCAGAACUACCCAGUGAUAUUACAUAUAGUCUUAAUGUAGCUGCGAAACAAUUAUCUUUACUAUAUGAAAGUGUCUCUAAUGUAACAAACACUGAGCAAGAUGGUAAUCUCGUUGAAGAUAGUGACGAAACAGAACAACUCAACAGUAGCACUGUUGAACCAUUGUCUGAACCAGAAACAGCUUCGUCCACUGUUCCUAAACCAACAACUCUAUCGACUACAAAUGAUAAUCCCCAACAAAAACGACACAUUAUGAUUAGUUAUAAUCGUUCGUCACGUGAAACAUGCCAGAAAAUUUAUGAAGGCCUAGUGAAAAGAAAUUAUAAAGUUUGGAUGGAUUUAACAGAUAUGGGCGAUGACAUACUUGUUAGUAUGGCUCGAGCCGUAGAAAAUUCUUAUAUUGUUCUCAUUUGUAUUAAUCAGCAAUAUUAUGAAAGUGAAUAUUGUCGAUUAGAAGCUGAAUAUGCUGCAGAAAAUCGUAUUAAAUUUAUUCCAUGCUUAAUGGAAAAAUCGUUUCGCGCACAAAGCUGGUUGGGUAUCAUAAAAGGUUCGAAUUAUCAUAUUGAUUUUUCGGAGCUUGAAGAUUUCGAUAAAUCAUUCGGUGAACUAAUUCGCCAAAUAACACACGUUGAAAGGAAACUAUCUGUGCAGCCUCGUCGUACUCCUGCACCUUCUUCAAUGGUAAACCCAAUGAGAUCAGCAGCAAUGUCAGCAACGCACGCUAACAUAUCUAGUUCUGCGCAAAAUGUAAAUUCUCGCCGUUUUGAUGCAAUUAUACGUGAAUAUAAACAAUCAAUUAAAAAGAAACGUGGUCAAUUAACUCGUUUAAAAAAAAAUGAAUUAUCGGAUCUUAUUAGUAAGCUUCGUCAAGAAUUAUUCACUGAAACAUCACAAGUAUUAACUGACAGCGACCGAUCAGAUGAAGAAGACGAUAAACAAAAUAAUGAUAGUCAACUUUUAGAGCACCUUUUAACUAGAUCAUUAGAUCAAAAUGAAGUAUUACUAAGAUUAGUUGAUCGUCUAACAACAACACAACCUACUGAACAGACUAAUAUACAAAAUUUAGAUAUGAAUGGUAUUGUUAAAGUGAUAUUAGCAAUUAUGCUUUUGUGGACACUAAAUUUAUUGUGUCACAAAGAAUAG